CUCUCUCUCUCUCUCUCUCUCUCUCUCUCUUACAUUUCCCUUUCCAUGAAAAAGUGUCUGCAGAUUCGCCAGUUGAAAUCUCCCCCUCUCAGUCUGCCCGCAUUUUUUGCAUCGCCUUUUUCAACUAAAUAAUCUGCAAUCUUCAAGGACGAUGUUGCUGUAGUUACCAACUUACCCUCAUUUUGCAGACUUUCCAUCAUCUCCCUCGCCUGGUUUGAAAUCGGGCGUUAAUUCGCGUGCCGUCGUCGUAUUCAGUUCGUUUUGUUGUGCAUACGACGCUUGAAUCGAUAACUGGGAAUGGAUCCACAGAGUCAAAAAUCAAGAGCAUUGACAGGGUCCAAAAAACAUCAGCAGACUGAUUGCGAUCCAAGAAGUUCGAAAUCGCUCCCCGAUUGCUUGGUUGAGGAAAUACAGGCGGCAAAUAAGACGCGUACGCAAGUUGGAAGUCCGAUGAAAGGGGCGACGAAUCCUCUUAAGGAUGUCUACAAUGGCCUCAUAACAUCUAAAGAAUUGAUCAAAGUAAUGGACCGCGUUUACCCCGUCGAACAGCAAAGCUCGACGAUCGUAUCCCUUUUCUCCGCCCUGAAAUUCGAGCUCGAUCGAGCGUGCGCCAAUGUCGGGAAAUUAAUUGUCGAGCGGAACUCGAACCGGAGUGACGUCGAGAUCCUCUUGAAACACUUUGAAAAGGCGAAAGCUUUCUGGAAAUUAAAAGAACAGGAUCGAAUCUGCAGCGCCGUUAAAUCCAUAGCCGGAGAGCUCGAGACAGAAAAGAAGCUGAGGAGACAAACCGAGCGACUAAACAAGAAACUCGGGAGGGAGUUAGCCGAAACUAAGGUUGCCCUAACAAAUACAAAGAAAGAGCUCGAGAACGAGACGAGGGCGCGGAAGAUAUUAGAGCAAGUAUGCGACGAGCUGGCGCAAGGGAUCGGCGAAGAUCGAGCUGAGGUCGAGGAACUUAUGAAGCAAUUCGAAGAAGUUCAAGAAUCCGUCGAGAAAGAGCGGGAAAUGCUUCAAGUAGCUGACGUUUUACGGGAGGAACGUGUGCAUAUGAAGCUCUCCGAGGCGAAAUUUCAAUUCGAGGAAAAGCACGCGCUCGUCGACAAGCUAAGGUACGAGCUCGAGACGUAUUUGAAGGGGAAGGGCUCCGAUGAUGAUGAUCGUCGAACAUAUCGCUCCUCCGAUUCUCCGCGUUACGACAAGAUCAAAGAGCUCCAGAUGUACUUGCGGGAAACGCUCCCCGGCGGGUACCAAGAUCAAAAGAAAGAAGAGAUCGAUGCGGGAAACGGUGGAAACGAGCUCGACGGUGACGAUUCAGCCGAGACCGAUCUCCACUCAAUCGAACUCGAUGUCGACGAUACGGGACAGGCGUUUCCGUGGAGCGAUGGCGUUGGGAUCGAAUCGAGAAGGAAUCCGAGUUGUAAGAGUAAAGGGCGAAAGAAAUCGAUGAUGGUAUCGACGAAUUAUAGCAAUGGUGGCGAGGAAGAUGAAAUUGAGCGAUACAAUAUGAUCAAGGAUCUUCGAGAUCACAUUGUUUCGGGUUCGCGAUCGGGUUUGUCUCGGGAAUUCGAAAGAUCGGGCGAAAAUUUGGCGAUGUCGUUGCCGAUGCCGAAGACGAGCGUUGUGGUUACAUCGAAGGAUUCUAACCAGGUAACAUGUUGUCAAGGUUAGUUUUCCUCAAUUGUGCCAAUGUUGUUUGAAGAUGUUAAAAAGUGACUAUUUGAUCGAUGAUUUUAUAUAAGUUAUACUACUAUAGUUUACAUACUUAGACGAGAAAUGAAAAGUUUUUCAAUGUUGUAGUAUAAUCAAGUGUUUGUUUAUUGUUGUUUUU